CUGGUAUAAAUCGGCGGCCGCCGCCCGCCCCGCUCCGGCCCCAUGGAGAGGCAGCGGCCCCCCGGCGGUGGCAGCGGCCCGGUCCGGGCGGUGAGCGGAGGCCGCGAGUGCCCCGCCGGGAGCCAUGAGCGCGGGCAGCGUCGCCCCGGGCUGGCCUGAGGCGCUGCCGGCCACGGCCCGGCCCGCAGCGGGGAUGAACAGCAACGAGAGUCCCGAGGGGCCCGGGGACUGCCCCGAGCUGCAGCUGAAGGUGGAUUUCUUCCGCAAGCUCGGCUACUCUUCGGAGGAGAUCCGCGUGGUGCUGCAGAAGCUGGGCCUGGACGCCGACACCAACACGGUGCUGGGGGAGCUGGUGAAGCACGGCCCGGCCGAGCGGGACGGMCCCGAGGCCCCUCCCGAGCCCGGCGAGGCCCCGCUGGUCCCUCGGGGCGGCGCCGGAAACAAAUCCCCCGCGCCCGGCCCCGAGGAAACGGAGAGCGACAACCUGAAGCCCAUCGUCAUCGAUGGCAGCAACGUGGCCAUGAGCCAUGGGAAUAAAGAAGUGUUCUCCUGCCGAGGUAUCCUUCUGGCUGUCCAAUGGUUCUGGGACAGGGGACACAAGGAUAUUACAGUCUUUGUGCCAUCGUGGAGGAAGGAGCAGCCCCGACCAGAUGUGCUCAUAACAGACCAGUACAUUCUGCGUGACCUUGAGAAGAAGAAGAUCCUGGUGUUCACCCCAUCACGGCGGGUCGGGGGCAAGCGYGUGGUGUGCUACGAUGACCGGUUCAUUGUCAAACUGGCCCACGAGUCUGAUGGCAUUGUCGUGUCCAACGACACCUACCGGGACCUGCAGAACGAGCGUCCCGAGUGGAAGAAAUUCAUCGAGGAGCGUCUGCUGAUGUAUUCCUUUGUUAAUGACAAGUUUAUGCCUCCAGAUGAUCCCUUAGGGCGUCAUGGCCCCAGCCUGGACAACUUCCUCAGGAAGAAACCUGUAGUUCCAGAGCACAAAAAGCAGCAAUGCCCUUAUGGGAAAAAAUGCACUUAUGGAAUUAAGUGUAAGUUCUACCAUCCUGAAAGGAUCAACCAGCCCCAGCGCUCAUUAGCUGACGAACUCCGYGCCAAUGCAAGGCUGUCUCCAACCAGAAGUACCAGUGCCAAGGAGGAGAAAAAGGGCAAAAAGGGUUCCCAGGCAGAGCUCUUGUGCUCUGUGCCCAUGGAGAGUGACAAARGCUCUUUGCAGAAGGUCUCUGCAGAGAGGAAGAGCUUGGUCCACAAAGCCAAGCCCAGCGACAUUCCGCUUCACACCAAAGGCUGUGUGUCAGGCAGUGUCUCCCCUGACAGGUACCARCAGCCUCACAUGGACUCUCUCUCUUACAUCUCUCAGGAGCAUCUCGACUCAGGYAUUGGGUCUCUGGAGAACCAGCUGUCUGACAUGUGGCCUCACAGAUGUACCAGUCACUGUGACCCUUCCCACGCAGAGCAGCUGGCUGUCUGCACCUGUGGUAGGCAGAGACCUGUCUACCCCCAUUCUCCCAGCUUAGAGCAGAAUGGUCUGGUCUCUUACAAGCACGGCUCCCAUAAAUCUUCUUCCUCUGGUGCUAGCUUCUUGCAGUACAGCCCUGAGAUGUCUCACUCAGGAGCCCCCCACUCUUUCUCAGGCUAUGGAGUGCCUGUACACCCAGGUGGUGCAGGGGCAGGGCAGUACAGCCUGCCUAGUGAGUUCAGUGCCACCACACCACACUCACGGGAGUUCUGGUCUGAGCCGUACCCGCUGCCUCAGGUGCGAUCCCCGGGUGUGCGUGACCCCCGCACGGUGCACAGGGCCCCCGYGCCGGCCUAUGGGGACUCAGGGCCCUGGGCUGGCUCGGAGCAGUUUGCUGAGGAGAGGGCCAGCGUGCACACCAAGCUGUGUGGCAUCUUCCACCCACACCUGGUCGAUGCUGUGAUGAGCCGCUUCCCACGGCUGCUGGACCCACAGAGGUUGGCAGCAGAGAUUCUCACCUACAAGGCACAGAACCCAGGUAUGUGAGGCAGGUGUCAAGGGCAGCCAGGCCUGGGGAGAGCUUGAGGGGCUUUUUUUGCCUCUGCAGCUGCCAUGGAUGCCUUCUGACUGCUCCWUCUUAUUCCUUUGGAAGUUCCAGGCUCCAGCUGGAGGCUGGAUCCAGAUGUGGUGUGCUCACAGCAGAUUCUGCUCUAGCUCUGUCAGCAUGCCUGUGGGAGAGGUGAGAACACCCUGGGGUCCCACCUUUUCCAGGGGCUGCUAAGCAGGAAGGGAGGCUGCAGCUCUAGAGCAGGACUGUUCYUUUGGGGUUCAUGGGAGUCUGGCACACUCUGAAUUCCUGCAGUUGUCCAUAACUGGAUGUGAGAGAGAUGGGUGCUGCCUUUGUAGUGGCCUAAGGCUAGUUUCUGAAGACCCAAAUGUCUUGUUAGUGCUGUUGUUGGUAGUCCCUAACUAAGUCUCUUUUCUAAAUCCCACCAUUGAGAUCUGUGGCAAAUGUUGGGUUAUUAGUGUUAUCUGAAGCUGAGUUUAUCUGGCUGGUUUUACUGGUGCACUUCUUGAACGAUGCUUUCCACAUCCCUCCCACCUCAGCUUAUCUUCCUGGGGYGAGGCAGUUGUGCCACGUGGACCACAAGUGCUUAGUGAGCUUCUGGGAGCCAGGAGCACAAUCCUGGCUCAGGAGGAGCAGCUGGACACUGCUCCAGAGCUGUGUGUGAGUUGUGUGUGGGGCAUGUGCUGAGAAAUGCAGUGUCAGAGCAGGUGGGUGAGCUGAGCAUGCUGUCAGCACACCUCUGAACAGUCCCUGGUCCCUGUCCCAAGCUGGCUCUGUACUGACAAGGAUUUAUAUGUGCCUUUUGUUUCAGACAGCAAUAGGACAGCUGCAGUCACAUCUGGACUGCUGUCAAGGGCCCUUCCUGAGGAGUCUUUAAUAUUUUUCUCUGUGUCUCAGUUUAGAGACAAUUUUUAGAGGAAAUGCUCUGGAAUGAAUGUUUCCCCUAAAGAAAAGGGUUUCAGCAAUCCCUUUCCACUGAUACAAAAGGAGUUUUCUGGAUGAAAGUGAAAAAACCUGUUUAUUUAACAAACAGGGUGCCUGUGAGGCAAGGGAAAAAAGAAUGUUAGGUGUUGAACCAUCAGAACCUUACCCGCCCCCCCCUACCCACAGCAGAACAAACCAACCCAAAAUGCCAGGGGAAGGGAAAAACUACGGAGCACGUGGCAAAAAGGAACAAAAUAGCGGAAGGUUUUGUCUCGGGGUGGAAAGUCCAUGGAGGAGCUCGAGGGGAAAACCAAAUAGGAAGCUGGUGAACUUCUGACGUUGGUCUCCUCCUCGCAGCACAUGAAGCUGGUGGAUUUAGAGUCCUUUCUUUCCUUGGUUCAGCUUCUCCUGAGGUCUGGGCUGAGAU